UGGCAUGAGAUUAUCUCCAAAAUGGAGUCGAAAAGCAGCGGCCGCAGAAUCGAGUUGGAACACUCGACCAAACCCACAGCGAGCAUAGAUAUCAGUCCGUCGAUGGACAGGAUGGAAAGAAAAAGGCACCAUAGCUCUCUCAGUGAUUUCAAAGAGGAGGAGAGAGAGGAGUCUUUUACAAAGAAGCCUCACCUUACUGUCGACACUUCUCCCAACUGCCAGCCAUUAUGUGAGGCUUUGAGCAGUAAUGACUCGUUUUACAGCGGAGUGGCUGAGAGUGAUGGAGUCCCCAUUGCUUCAGGUUUAAGUGCUUACCUUGAGGACAUUGUCAGUGACGAGGAGCCAUUAGAGGAACCUCCUCCUCCCUCGUCUCCCCAGAGCAGUAAAGGUCCCCCGGAAUCGGAUCCUGUAAGAAGCAAGGAAGAGUUGCUGCAGUUGAUGGAACGUGUUGACCGCGAGAUCACGUCAACAGAGCAACAGAUAACUGUCCUUGAGAAAAGACAAGAGGAAAACUCCUCCAUAUCACUCACCACACCUAUUUCCAGUAUAACCACACCCAGUCUCACUUCAGCCCCGCCCACCUCAUUAAUCAACUCAUCAUCUUCAUCUGUCAUUGCAUCAUCAGUCGCAUCCGCUUCAUUUACAGACCCCACCCACUUCUCCCCAUCCAUUCACCAGCAAAAGAUGACCGACAAAAGAUCAGUUGUUGAUAUUGUGUAUAAUGAAAACCGACUGAAAGCUCUCAACUCUCAGAUUGCUAUGUUUGGACCUAAUAAUAACAAACUAGGAAUGGGACCACUGUACUAUCAACCAAGUGAUACUGAGCAAUUCCUAAGAAACAAAGAAAGUCACAAAGUCUUUUUACCAAAACUGUUGUCAUAUUUAAAGAAGAAGAAGAUAGAAAAAUAUCGCAAGGAAUUAGCUCUGUGUGAAGAAUAUGAGAGUAUUUAUGCAGACUGGGAGAAGAGGAUAGACAGAUGGACACAAUCAAUAAAGAAAAAGAACAGAGACUCGAGGAGCAAAGAAUUAUUUGAGAAAGCUUUCCCUGAGCUUCGGUCAAAGAGAGAUCAGCUAAGAGACGAAGCACACAGCAGAGUUGGUGUGAGGUCAUUUGGUGUAGUGAGAAGUGAAGCUGAAUUGAAUCAGUUAGCAUAUGAAUUAUAUGAGCAGGAUGAGGCUAAAGGUAGAUGGCAGCUAACACAUGCUGUGCUGCCUCCAAUGUUGAUUGAGAAGAGAGAGAGACGAGUUCAAUUUAUUAAUAAUAAUGGUCUCAUAUCUGAUCCAAUGGCCGUACACAGAUCAACAAAGACUGCUCACUCUUGGUCGGAUGAAGAGAAAGCAAUCUUCAAAGACAAGUUUGCCCAGUUUCCAAAGAAUUUUGAGAAGAUCUCAUCAUUCCUGCCCAACAAGUCCAUGAACGAGUGUAUUCGAUAUUAUUAUUUGGUUAAGAAGAAAGAAAACUUCAAGCAGCUAAUCCGUCGCUCGUCAUUCAAAAGACGCCGACUCAGCAAGCACCAUCCGAGCUAUCAUAUGAAUUCAGGCCUUCAUUCGUCCUCCUUAUUAGGAAAGACAAAGCCACGCCUCUCAUCCUCUGACGGGGGACACUCCUCUGCUGCUCCCUCUGUCCUCACCUCCCCCACCUCUCUCCCUCCUGUUGCUAUCAAAUCACCUCCUAGAGUGCCUGACUAUGAUGGUUGGACUGAUAAAGAGAUAUCAAGUCUUAAAGAAGGAUUGUGCAAAUAUGGUCGUGCCUGGGGUAAAGUGUACAGAGAGGUUGGAGGAGGGAAGAGUGCCACACAGUGCAAGCAGUUUUAUGAUACUUAUUGUACAGACCAACAGCUACAACUCAAUAACGCACUCGCUGAACAUUCCUCGAAAAAGAAUGCCGAGAAAGUGAAAAAGAAAAUGGCCGAAAUAAAGAAAGCUUCUACCCUCUCUUCUCCAGUCACUGUAUCAAAGAAGGUGGAAAAGAAGCCACACCCACUGACACACCCACUAGCCACACAGGAAGGGGGAGAGAGCGAGGAAGAAAGUGAUGGAACUGAAACUGAGGAAGAUGAAGAUGAGGACGAGAGUGACUCUGAGACCACGCUGACUGACAGUGGAUCGGAAGAAACUAAAACCAAGGAUUUCAAACCGUUACGAUUCUCAUCUUCAUCCAUCGAUCAAGUCAACAGUGAGUCCCUUCAAAGUCCUCUUGAUAUAUUCCUAUCAGCGGCUGAGGCUCUUAGUAACACUGUCCCUGUUGAGAUAGCGCUUCAUGAUCAUACAUACUCACGCCCGCCCAUGGACCUUCAAGGUAGCUCAGGACUUCAGCUAAUUGCUGCUGCAGCUGCUGUCGUGUCCCCAGGUCUUGCUAAGACUGCUGGAUCCUCUGGGUCUAAGUCAACCGGGUUUUCUAUCACUAAUAAAGCCCCCAGGGGUCGCCCCCCUAGUCAGCAGAAGCGUGGGAGUGGUUACACUCAUCAGAAAUUAGCUCCUACCUUUCUCACACCCACCAGCGGAACGAGCCACAAUAUUAGUCUCGAUUUGAAACCAACUCUAAGAGCUCGCUCUCGCUCAGCCCCCACUGAUAAACUAAGACCUCAAAUUCCUCUUGCAGCUGGUAAAAACCUUGUUGCGUACCCACAGCCUUCUGUCAGUAAAUCUCAUAUCACUCCAACUGUAAGAGGCGGGGCAGUAAUGGCUGGCAAGGACAUUAAUUUGAUAGCUACCUCUGGGAUACUGCGAUCAUCUUCCUCCCCUUCCUCUUCUACUGCCUCCUCCCCCUCUUCUUUCAUUGGUGUGGCUAAUGGUCAUCUUAAUUCAGUCGAUAAUGCUAGCAGUACAGCUAGCCCCGUAAUGCAUCCACACUUACUGACACACACUAGCUCUGAUGGGACAUCUCGUAUAUCCUAUCCGCUUGUUUCCUCUUCGUCUGCUUCCAAGUCUCACCAGAGAAGGGACGGCCCUGUCCUUGAGCUCAAUUUAGGUAAUUUAGGCAACAUGGCUUUAUUGCUGGCGGCGACAGGUAGCAACCAGCAGGCUGCGUUCCUCCUCCCUCCCUCCACUAUCCUUAACAAGCAGACUCUGGCCAUGUUGCAAGGUAGCUCUGUGUGUUUAUCUGAUUCCGGUGCUGCUACUACUUUUAGUAUUGAUACUUCUUCUCUUACUUCUAACGGAAGUGGUGGGCGCCUUGUCAAAACCGAUAAAGAACUCACAUCACUCUCUGUCGGUAAAGGAGGCGUCAUAUUAUCGACCACACCCACUUCCUCAUUACCUAAAGACUUCAGCGCUACUGUUAAAGGAAGUGUUCCUCUUCACUUGUCGGCUCCGUUGAACGUUAAAGAUGCUUCUACUAGUAUGUCACCUCGCUCAUUAUCAACUAUAAUUAUCAAAGAUAAUAAUGUCACUACUUCUACUGCUACAAUUAACUCGCCUGUACAUGUCAAUACAUGUGCCGUGACUAACUCCACCCACUCUGAUUUGGUUCCAAGCAGUGGUGCCAGUAAUGUUUUUAAACAAGAUGGACCCCAGGAUUUGACUGCACCUACAUCCACGCCCACUUCUCCUGGCGAUUUCUCCAAUCUAAACUUGUUAUCUAAUCUUGUCGCCGGAUUGUCUAAAAAGCCUGACCACGCCCCUCAAACGGCCUCGGCUACAGUGACCACUCCCACGACCCCACCUGUCAAACCGAAUGUACUCAAUUUCAGAAAAAUGGAGAGCAAGAUUGAUCAUCACAAACCAGCAGAGACUAAUUCUCAUCGCCUCCCCCCGCCCACAAGCUCCACCUAUCAGACCAUUAGCAGUCAGCAAUCUUUAAUGUUAUAUGCUCGGUCUCUCUCAAUGCCUUUGAAUUCAUCAGCCACAAGCUCACCCGAAGAAGUUGAUUCUCUUGAAUACGCUACUAGAGGAAUCAGCGAAUUAUCUAAAUUACUCGGAGGGACUGAUAAUGGGAUUGAUGCCCCGCCCACUUCCUCUAAAGUUACCUCUUGGAGUCCUGACGAGUUAUUAUGCAACCCAUUUGGUGAUCAGGGAGCUCCCACUUCUGUUCAUACCAUAACGACGUCUCUUACAGCGGCGACGACUGAUUUACUGGUCCCACCUCCUCGUCAGUUGUCUCUUUCAAACAGAACACCUACUCCAAUUAAUGCCCUUGCAGAGGAAAAGAGUUAAAAUAUGUAAAGUUGAUGUUGUGUUUUUUUGUUCCUUUUUUUCUCUAACUUCCCUUUUUUAAGCCCCCACGUCCCUCUCUCUCUCUCUCUCUUUUCUGUCUCUCUCUUGUACAUGUCCUCUGCUCACAAACUGUGAUGAAAUCAGCAACAAAGUUAUUUAUGUAUAAAUAAUUAUUCAUAUUAUGAUGACAUUGAAGAGAAAAAUAUAAUUUAUAUAACUGUCA